GACUUGCUGCAGAGGCAGCUGUGCUCUUCCCAAAGCCUGGCUUUGGGGGCGCAUCCCUGUUGGGGUCCACCUAGGCAAGCUCCAGGAAGUACCAGCGACAGGCACGCUGGGUGCCAAGACUUCCAGGUGCUGACAACAGAGACUGCCUGCCCCCUGUCACCAUGAGCGGCUGCUCCAAAAGAUGCAAACUCGGGUUUGUGAAAUUUGCCCAGACCAUCUUCAAGCUCAUCACUGGGACCCUCAGCAAAGAUAAGAUUGAAGAUGAGUUGGAGAUGACAAUGGUUUGCCAUCGGCCUGAGGGACUGGAGCAACUGGAGGCCCAGACCAACUUCACCAAGAAGGAGCUGCAGGUCCUUUAUCGAGGCUUCAAAAAUGAAUGCCCCAGCGGUGUGGUCAAUGAAGAAACCUUCAAACAGAUCUAUGCUCAGUUCUUCCCCCACGGAGAUGCCAGCACCUACGCCCAUUACCUCUUCAAUGCCUUCGACACCACCCAGACAGGCUCCGUGAAAUUCGAGGACUUUGUCACUGCUCUGUCGAUUCUGCUGAGAGGAACCGUCCAUGAAAAACUCAGGUGGACAUUUAAUUUGUAUGACAUCAACAAAGACGGAUACAUUAACAAAGAGGAGAUGAUAGACAUUGUGAAAGCCAUCUAUGACAUGAUGGGAAAGUACACCUAUCCCGUGCUCAAAGAGGACACUCCAAGGCAGCACGUGGACGUCUUCUUCCAAAAAAUGGACAAGAAUAAAGAUGGCAUCGUGACUUUGGAUGAAUUCCUUGAAUCCUGUCAGGAGGAUGACAACAUCAUGAGGUCUCUCCAGCUGUUCCAAAACGUCAUGUAACUGGGGACCCAGCCAGCCAGCUCCCAGGGACACUGUACUGAACAGCCACCUGAACAACCUGACCACCCCUCUCUCCCAAUUUAUACACCAACUCUUGGGACAGAAGCCCCUUUUACACUUUGAAAGAAUUCUCCACUGAAGACGUUCUCUGGAACCCAGCGCCACGCGGCCCAAUCUCUGCCAACUCCUCCUCCUGCUGAGAAAGGCAAGAGGAAAUCCCAGUUUGUUCCAGAAGCAUGCCCAUCUCUUCACACUGCUGCCCCAUGGAAAGCCUCCCCCUGCCUGAGCUUGAGCAUAGCGCACAGGUUUCUGCUCACGGACUCCCAGCUUACCUCCAAGUCAAACCAACUUUGACAAAUCUGGAAGCAAGAAGACCUUAGCCGAGUGUACACCAUCAUCUGCUGGCCUCCCAGACCAACGUGCCUGUUUCUCUUUCUGUGGUGGAAAGAAAGAGCAUUUCACACAACAAUGAGAAUCUGCUCUGACUACAUUGGGAGAGCCAGCCCCUAACACA